AUGGAUUUCUUUAAUUUGAAUAAUAAUAAUAAUAAUAAUAAUACUACUACUACUACUACUACUACCAAUAACAAUAAUACUAAUAAUAAUAAUACUAAUAAUAAUAAUAAUCCUGCUAAUAAUACCAAUAACAACAAUAGCACAGGCCAUAGUAGUAAUACUAAUAACAAUACUAAUAACAACAAUACGAAUACCGGAGCCAGUGGUGUAGACGAUUUUCAGAAUUUUUUCGACCCAAAACCUUUUGACCAGAAUUUGGAUUCCAACAAUAACAACAGUAAUAGUAAUAACAAUGAUAACAAUAACAGUAACACGGUAGCCUCCAGCACGAACUUUACUUCUCCAACAGCAGUCGUUAAUAAUGCCGCUCCUGCUAAUGUUACCGGUGGAAAAGCUGCUAAUUUCAUUCAGAACCAGUCUCCCCAAUUCAAUUCUCCAUAUGACUCAAACAAUUCCAACACAAAUUUAAACAGCCUGUCUCCUCAGGCUAUUUUAGCCAAGAAUUCAAUCAUUGAUUCUUCCAAUUUACCUCUUCAAGCUCAACAACAGCUAUAUGGCGGUAACAAUAAUAAUAAUAGCACCGGAAUUGCGAACGAUAAUGUAAUAACACCCCAUUUUAUCACCAAUGUUCAAUCCAUCAGUCAAAAUUCCUCAUCUUCUACUCCGAACACAAACUCUAACUCUACUCCGAAUGCAAAUCAACAAUUUUUGCCAUUCAAUAACAGUGCUUCCAAUAAUGGUAAUUUGACGUCUAACCAGCUUAUUUCUAAUUACGCUGCUUCAAAUUCAAUGGACAGAUCAUCCUCUGCAAGCAAUGAAUUUGUUCCGAACACAAGUGACAACAACAACAACAGUAAUAACCAUAAUAUGCGUAAUAACAGCAAUAAUAAAACGAGCAAUAACAAUAAUGUCACUGCCGUGCCUGCUGCAACUCCCGCUAAUACCAAUAAUUCAACUUCAAACGCAAAUACAGUGUUCUCUGAAAGAGCUGCAAUGUUUGCCGCUUUGCAGCAAAAGCAGCAGCAACGUUUUCAGGCUCUACAGCAGCAGCAGCAGCAGCAACAAAAUCAACAACAGCAAAAUCAACAACCACAACAGCAACAACAGCAACAACAGAAUCCCAAAUUUUUGCAGAGUCAACGGCAGCAACAACAAAGAUCUAUUUUACAAAGUCUGAACCCGGCAUUACAAGAGAAAAUAUCUACUGAAUUGAAUAACAAACAAUAUGAACUUUUUAUGAAAUCUUUGAUUGAAAACUGUAAAAAAAGAAAUAUGCCGUUACAAUCAAUACCAGAAAUCGGCAACAGAAAAAUAAAUCUUUUUUAUCUUUAUAUGUUGGUUCAAAAAUUCGGUGGUGCAGAUCAAGUAACAAGGACCCAACAGUGGUCUAUGGUGGCCCAAAGGCUGCAAAUUUCCGAUUACCAACAAUUAGAAUCAAUCUAUUUUAGAAUUUUAUUACCUUACGAAAGACACAUGAUUUCCCAAGAAGGUAUAAAGGAAACUCAAGCGAAAAGAAUAUUCUUGCAACAGUUCUUACAAGAACUAUUGAAGAAAGUUCAACAACAGCAGCAGGCCGCUGCAUUGGCCAAUGCCAACAAUAACAUUAAUAGUGCAUCGUCAGCACCAACCCCCGCGGCUCCUGGCGCGUCCGUUCCUGCUACAGCAGCACCAGGAACAGAAGCAGGGAUCGUUCCGGUUUCAGCAAACACUCCAAAAAGCUUGAAUAGCAAUAUUAAUAUCAACGUAAAUAAUAACAAUAUUGGCCAACAGCAAGUUAAGAAGCCAAGAAAGCAAAGAGUGAAAAAAAAGACCAAAAAGGAAUUGGAACUAGAACGUAAAGAAAGGGAGGAUUUUCAGAAACGACAACAAAAACUUUUAGAGGAUCAACAAAGGCAACAGAAAUUGCUAUUAGAGACAAAAUUACGUCAACAAUAUGAAAUCGAACUAAAAAAAUUGCCUAAAGUCUACAAGAGAUCAAUUGUUAGGAACUACAAACCCCUAAUCAACCGCCUCAAGCAUUACAAUGGUUACGAUAUCAAUUACAUCUCUAAAAUAGGAGAGAAAAUAGAUUCCAACAAGCCAAUUUUUCUCUUCGCGCCAGAGUUAGGUGCAAUUAAUUUACAUGCUUUAUCAAUGUCCCUCCAAUCGAAGAAUCUUGGAGAAAUAAACACCGCCUUGAACACCUUGUUGGUCACAAGCGCUGACUCGAACUUAAAAAUAUCUCUGGUCAAAUACCCUGAAUUAUUAGACUCCUUGGCAAUACUCGGCAUGAAUUUACUGUCAAAUUUGUCACAAAAUGUUGUUCCAUACCAUCGAAACACUUCUGACUAUUAUUAUGAGGAUGCUGGAUCAAAUCAAUACUAUGUUACCCAACACGAUAAAAUGGUUGAUAAAAUUUUUGAAAAGGUAAACAACAACGCUACACUUACACCGAAUGAUUCUAACGAUGAAAAAGUCACUAUCCUGGUAGAUUCUUUAACAGGUAAUCAAUUGCCCACCCCUACUCCUACUGAAAUGGAGCCUGAUCUCGACACUGAAUGUUUUAUAAGUAUGCAGUCGACAUCUCCCGCAGUUAAACAGUGGGACUUAUUGCCUGAACCAAUAAGAUUCCUCCCUAACCAAUUUCCUUUGAAAAUUCACAGAACUCCUUAUUUGACUUCUUUGAAAAAAAUCAAGGAUGAAAUUGAUGAUCCAUUUACAAAAAUAAAUACCAGAGGGGCAGAGGAUCCCAAAGUUCUGAUUAACGAUCAACUGUCUACCAUCUCGAUGAUUUUGAGGAAUAUUUCAUUCUCCGAUAACAACUCCAGAAUCAUGUCGAGAAAUUUUUACCUAAAGAGAUUUAUAUCUGAUCUACUUUGGUUAGUCUUAAUCCAUCCAGAAAACUUUACAUGCAAUAGGAAAAUACUAAAUUUCAAGAAGGAUUUGGUUAUUGUUUUAUCAAAUAUUUCUCAUUUAUUAGAGAUCGCUUCGUCCAUUGAUUGCUUGUUAAUUCUUAUUCUAGUCAUAAGUUUUGGUCAACCAAAACUCAAUCCAAUGGCGUCUUCGUCAUCAUUUGGCUCUGAAUCUUUGACCUUCAACGAAUUCCAGUUGCAAUGGGGAAAAUAUCAAACUUUCGGUGUAGAUAUUUUGGCCAAAUUAUUUUCAUUGGAAAAACCGAACCUAAAUUAUUUCAAAUCAAUCCUUCUGAACAAAAACACAGGUAACAACCUCUAUGAUCGCAACAGUAACAACAACCACAAGGACAAAAAGUUGUUACGAAGACUUUUGAAUUUAUACAAUGAUAACAAUAAAAAUAAUAACAAUAGGCACAACUUGCUAAAUGAUGUGGUUUCGUUUUUAUUUUCUGCCAUACCGCUGCAGCAAGUGUUAUCGCAAUCAGCUGAUCCAAGUUUGCUGAUCGACCAAUUUUCUCCGGUAAUUUCUCAGAGUCUAACUAGCAUCUUAGUCAUUGUACAAAAAAUAUUGCCGUUAUCCAAUGAAGUAUUUGAAAUCAGUGAGAAUAAUUCAGACAGUAACAGUAACAAUAACGGCAACAAAGAUUCUAGCUUCAAUUUCAACAAGAAUUUACCAUUUGUGUGGUUGAGCUCUGAAGAAAAUAUUGGAUCUGGACUAUUGAAGUUAAGUGAGAUAAUAUUGAAUAUUAACAAUUCCACAAGUAAGAAUACUUUGUUACAGCAACAAAAUUAUUCAAAGGUGCUCCUACCGUCAAUUAACAUAUCCUGUGUUCAGUUAAUCAAAUGUUUGGUUGAAAAAAGUAUUUGUUUUGAAAACUGCCUAAACAACGACCCGGAAAUAUUAAAAAAAAUAGCAUCGAUUCCAAAUUUGUUCCCCACGGAUUUAGAAAUUUUCCAGUUAUUCACUAAUCCAUCAGUUGAUAUUCAAAUAAUAAACCAGUAUCAAUUACUUUACAAUUUAAAAAAUGAUAUCCUAACCAAUUUGGAAUGA